CCGAUCUGGGAGUUUAAAGAACGCGCGCGAGUGCCGCUGUCACUGCUCAGGACCAGGGUCCUGCCCCAGCUCGCCUUCUCUCGUCCCCUCCGCGGGUAAGGGUGGGCAAGGUUUUCCCAGCCACUUUCUACCCUGCAGUUGGGGAACCCCUACUCGCUCUCGCUCGCCCCCGCCCCGGGCCACGGUGGGGCAGAGGGCGCCUGAGCUCAGAGGCCGAGUCCUUGGGUCUUCACUUCAUCCCGGUGCCACAGCCUUGCAGGCCAGAGAGUAAAAUGUUAGCUCUCUCCUGUCAGGCCCCUAGUGCCCUGGCCGCCUGUCAGACUGCUGCUGUGUGACCGGGACAAGUCACUUAGCAUCUGAAGACACAGGAACCCCUAAGAGGCUAGGAGGAGAAACUUUGGCUAGGUGCCGCCCUACAAAACCGCUUUCAGUGCUGUUAGGGUUGUCCUGGGACAGAGGGAAGGAAGCCCAGAAGGCUCCAAGAUGUGACUAUAGGCUGUGGUUCCCAGAGUGGGGUAGGGUUGUUCCUCUAAUUGCGGCCUCUCCUUUACCCCUCCCUCAGCCAGUAAAGGGGUCGCUGCCUGUGGUCUCCCACAAACGGCCUGCCUUUUGCAAUUAAACGGCUAAAGAAGAGAGGCUGGGGGGUUCCGUUGGGGAGGAAAAAAAGAGACAGAUGGUGGGGAAGAUAAAGUCCAAGGGAGAUGGGCAGGACCCCUGAGUCUAGAGUCUUCUGAAGCCAAAGGCACGUGACUGACAGUGACAGACACCAUUUCCCUGCCCGCAAGCUGCAGGAAGCAGGAAGGAGGACUGGGGUUUUCCCAAACCCUGAGCAAACAGGCUCUGGACCUGGGAACGUGGGCUUGGAAGGGGGAAUCCUGGCAAAAGCGGGGAGGGGGUGGGGGGUGCUUCGGGGAUAGUGGUGGGAACUCAGAAAAGGGAGGAAUAAGGAGUCUUGGAGAAGUUGGGGUUCUGCCCCAGGCAGUAUCCAGUAUCAGCCAACCUGAACCCCCCCCAAUCCCUGGUCAUGAGGAGCCCCAAUCUGGGGUGGCCACUGCAGGCCUGCCACUGACCCUCCAGCCUUCCCUCCCUUCCGCCAUAUGUCAUGCACACAUGAGCUUGGUGCUUGCUGCUCGAAUGUGGACACUCUGACAGUCUUAUUCACUUUACCAUCACCCAGUGUCUCUUGCGGCACCUGGCACCUGGCAGGCUUAAAAUCUACUCGCUAUGUGACAGAAAGAAGGAAAGACUCUUGGGGGAAUUCAAUAAACAAAACAGGAAGAAAGUGCUUUGCAGCUAAAAAGGGACUUUGAGGGACACAUCCCGAAUUUUUAUCAGGAGCUUAUCGUAGGGUCAGGAUUGGGUGAUGUUGCGUAAACCCAUCUUCCCGGCUCAAAUAGUAAUCGUGAUGGUUAAAUGAGUAAAGGUGUUCUGCUUAGAAUCGUACUUGUCACAUGCUCCACACAGUUGACUCUUAGCAAGUACGUGUAUAUGUGUGGGUAGUAUUUUCACGUAAAUAACCUGCGUUUAUAGCAUCUCUAUCCAGGCAAGGAAACAGGCACAGAAAGAUUAAGCGAUUUGGGUGAGUGGCAUAAAUGGGAUUAGAAUCUACUUACACUGCCUACUAUAAUCUCCACUGGCCACAUGUGACUGUUGACCAUUUGAAAUGUAGCUUGUCCCAACUGAGAUGUGCCAUAACCGUAAAAGCACUCAUCAGAUUCUGGAGACUUAGUAUGGAAAGAGCAUGUGAAGUAUUUCAUUAGUAAUUUUAUAGUAAGUAUGGAAAUCAUCAUUUGGACCUGGCAAGUUUGGUAAAUUCUUCCGGUUAAUUUCAUCCAUUUUGUUUUUGACAUUGCUACUAGAAAGCUUAAAAUUAGAUUUGUGUCCCGCAUUCUAUCUCUAUAGGCCAGAACUGGUUUCAAGUAUGCAUUAUUGCCCUGACAUUGAUCUUCUCCGAGCAUUCAGGGAUCGGGGGUGGGAUCGGAGGUGUUUAUAGUUUCUGGCACCAUAUCUAGCAACUGUUUGUUGCUAGAGACCUACCACCCUCUUGAGCCUCCAUUUUCACAUUUGUGAAAUGGCGAUGAUAUCAAUAUCUGUAUCAAAGUUUUUGGGAAAAUGAAAAAACACACCUGAAGCACUUAGCACUGGGCAGAGCACACAGGGAUGUCCAUGUAGGUUAGCUGCUACCUUGACUGUAACUAUUGUUAGUUGACUCCCUCUCCCCUUUGUAUAUAGGGAGAGUCCCUACCUAGUCUCCCUUUAAAAACUUAAAAGUAAGGGCGCCUGAGUGUCUUAGGUAAGUGUCUGACUCUUGAUAUUGGCUCAGGUCAUAAUCUCACAGUUUGUGGGAAUGAGCCCAGCCAGGAUCUGCGCUGACAGUGUGGAGCCUGCUUGGGAUUCUCUCUCCCUCUCUCUCCCCCCCCCCUCCCCCACUAUUUGUUUUCUCUCUCUUAAAAAUAAACACUAAAAAUUAAGGGGGGGGACCUUAAAAGUAGUUGACCAGGGAAUGACUGUCCCUGAAGCCCACCACCUACAGCCCUCCCACAGGCCAAUACAGAAAGGCAGAGGGCUCCUGGGCACAGAGAGACAGAAGUCCAAGGUCACACCGCCUGCUGGAGGUGGGGCUGGGUGACACUUAAAACAACUCUGUGAUUCUGUCCUUGAGGUUUGCAAUUUGGCCUCUCUAGUCCACCAGACACCACUAUUCCAGCUAGGGUGGAGGUGGGCACGGUGUCCCUCCCACCCCCUAAGAUUCCAUCGCCACACUGAAGAUGGCGGCAUUCUGAGCCCGGCACAAGGUCCGCCACGCUCAAGAUGGCGACACACACGCCCGGCGCCGGUUCCGGUUCCGGUGGUUCAGGCUACGGCGGGAUACGCCGAGCACGCUGGGCACAGCCAUGGCGGACGGCCCGGUGGCGGAGGUGCUGCUGAGGCAGCUGGCGGCGGCCGAUGGCGGCCUGGACAGCGCGGAGCUGGCGGCUAAGCUGGGCGUGGAGCACCAGGCAGUGGUGGGCGCCGUGAAGAGCCUGCAGGCGCUGGGAGAGAUCAUUGAGGCUGAGCUACGUUCCACCAAGCGCUGGGAGCUUACCGCUGAGGGCGAGGAGAUAGCCCGGGAGGGCAGCCAUGAGGCCCGGGUGUUUCGCAGCAUCCCCCCGGAGGGCCUGGCCCAGAGCGAACUUAUGCGACUGCCCAGCGGCAAGGUGGGCUUCAGCAAGGCCAUGUCCAACAAGUGGAUCCGUGUGGAUAAGAGUGCAGCUGAAGGGCCCCGUGUGUUCCGAGUGGUGGACAGCGUGGAGGACGAGGUGCAGCGGCGGCUCCAACUGGUCCAGGGUGGGCAGGCUGAGAAGCUGGGUGAGAAGGAAAGGAGUGAGCUCAGGAAGAGGAAACUGCUGACCGAAGUGACCCUGAAGACCUACUGGGUGAGCAAAGGCAGUGCCUUCACUACCAGCAUCUCCAAACAGGAGACAGAGCUGAGCCCAGAGAUGAUCUCCAGCGGCUCCUGGCGGGACCGGCCCUUCAAGCCGUACAAUUUCUUGGCCCAUGGCGUCCUCCCAGAUAGCGGCCACCUGCACCCUCUGCUCAAGGUCCGCACGCAGUUCCGGCAGAUCUUCCUGGAGAUGGGGUUCACGGAGAUGCCGACCGACAACUUCAUCGAGAGCUCCUUCUGGAACUUUGAUGCACUUUUCCAGCCCCAGCAGCACCCAGCACGUGACCAACACGACACCUUCUUCCUUCGAGAUCCAGCCGAGGCCCUGCAGCUUCCAAUGGACUACGUCCAUCGGGUCAAGCGGACCCACUCUCAGGGUGGCUACGGCUCACAGGGGUACAAGUACAACUGGAAGCUGGAAGAGGCCCGGAAAAACCUGCUGCGCACGCACACCACGUCGGCCAGUGCCCGCGCCCUCUACCGCCUGGCCCAGAAGAAGCCCUUCACACCGGCCAAGUACUUCUCCAUCGAUCGUGUGUUCCGAAACGAGACCCUAGAUGCCACACACCUGGCCGAGUUCCACCAGAUCGAGGGUGUGGUGGCUGACCACGGCCUCACCCUAGGCCACCUCAUGGGUGUCCUGCGGGAGUUCUUCACGAAGCUGGGUAUUACCCAGCUACGCUUCAAGCCGGCCUACAACCCCUACACGGAGCCCAGCAUGGAGGUGUUCAGCUACCACCAAGGCCUGAGGAAGUGGGUGGAAGUCGGGAAUUCUGGGAUCUUCCGCCCUGAGAUGCUGCUGCCCAUGGGACUCCCCGAAAACGUGUCAGUCAUUGCUUGGGGCCUCUCCCUGGAGCGCCCAACAAUGAUCAAAUACGGCAUCAACAACAUCCGGGAGCUGGUGGGCCACAAGGUGAACCUGCAGAUGGUGUAUGACAGCCCCCUGUGCCGCCUAGACGCUGAGCCGGGGCCCCCACGGACACAGGGCACCGCAUGACGUGGACCGCCCUGGGAUAGCCCGCCUUCCCUGAGCCCCUGCCGUCCAGCCCCUUUGCAUCCCUGCCAGUGACCCUCUCGUAUUUAUGAGGCCUCUGUGAGGCCAUCCCCCCGUCCCUGGUAGCUCCUCUUUCCCCAUCUGCCCCACGGUCCCAGGGGUGGGGGGUGGGGGGCAGGUAGCAGGUAUGAUCUAUGAAGGUGGGCCCUAGGGAGCCCUGCAGGCCAGCUGCUGGCUAAUAAAGUGGGCAUUUGUCCUCAUAUGGUGCCUUUCCUUAGGGAUGGAGGAGCGUGAGGAGUCCUUGGUGUGAGGGGUGGUGGGCUGGGGAUCCUGGAACCUCAGGAGCCCCUGGCUUGCCUGAGCCUGCUCCAUCCCCCUGGGGAGAACUGGCUCCAUCAAGCAUUUACCCAUCACCUGGUGGUGCCAGGCUGUCCUCUAGGUGAAUGGAACAGAAGCCCCCCGCCCCGGGCGAGGGGCAUUUGGGAGGGGAAGGUCGAGGCAGGUGCCAAGAUUCCCCCUGGGAGCCCAGCAUGGUGGGGUGACAGGGGCAACUUUAAAACACCGCUCCCUCCCCUCCUCUUUUUUUUAAAGAGCAGUUUCUGGCGCACAGCAAAAUUGUGCAGAAAGUACGGAAACCUCCCCGUGUACCUUCUGCCCCCACGCGUGCCCAGCCUCCCUUCUGUCAACAUCUUCGCAGCCAGAGGGGUGCAUUUGUUACAAUGAAUGAGCUACACACUCACCCACGGUUGGUUCGUGGUUUACAUCGUGGUUCGUGCUCGGUGUUGUACGUUCUCUGGGUUUGGACAACGUAAGAUGAUGUGUUUCCAUCGCUACGGUAUCAUGCAGAGUAUUUUCACUGCCCUAAAAGUCUUGUGCUCCGCCUGUUCAUCCCUCCAUCCUCCCCCUAAAAAGCUGCUCUUUUUAGGUUAGGAAAACAAUUCUCAUAAGGGGCACCUGGGUGGCUCAGUGGGUUAAGCGUCUGACUUCAGCUCAGGUCAUGAUCUCACGGUUCGUGAGUUCGAGCCCCAUGUCGGGCUCUGCUGACAGCUCAGAGCCUGGAGCCUGCUUCGGAUUCCGUUGUCGCUCUCUCUCUCUGUCCCUGCCCUGUUCGAGCUGUCUCUCUCUCAAAAAUAAGCGAACAUUAAAAAAAAUUCUCGUAAGGAUUUCACGGGGGCUCGGAAUAGGGAGAUGAGUAGGACAGAGCUUCGUGAGCCCACAUUGAACGGUGAGUGGGAUCUCUGUUUCUGUGCAGAUGUUUUAAAGCAAAUCUCAGCCUCCACAUUGCUCACCCCCACAUCUUCAGGGUCAGUGCACUUUGGAAAUGUGAACAGUUGUAUAACCAUGAAGCCGUCGUUAAACCCAAACAGUUGGCAGCUGAGGCCGUGGGCUUCUCCAGUCCCAGGGCCUGUGGGCACCAAUCUCCCAAGGGCUACUUGGUCGAUUUUUUUUCCUUUAUUUCAAAUUAAUUCACUCAUACGGAAAAAUACUCAUUCAUGCAACAAAUGUGCACCUCCUGAGUCCCAGCAACGUCCUGAGCUGAAGACCGCAAAGCUGAUUCAGGUCCCUGCCGUUGGGAGCUGGCGUGGGGGAAGGGAACACAGGAGGCAUAAACAGAUAAAUGCAGAAAUGGAGGGAGAGGUGAGGCCACAGAAAAGUGAAGGUGGGUGGGGAAGGUGAAGCAUAUAUAAUGUUAAAAUUAAGCCUAACGGGCGCCUGGGUGGCUCAGACGGUUGAGCGUCCGACUUCGGCUCAGGUCAUGAUCUUGCAGUCGGUGAGUUCGAGCCCCGCGCCAGGCUCUGUGCUGACAGCUCAGAGCCUGGAGCCUGCUUCGGAAUCUGUGUCCCCCUCUCUCUCCGCCCCACCCCUGCUUGUGCUCUCACUUUUUCAAAAAUGAAUAAACAUAAAAAAAAAAAAAAAGCCUAACACCAUCUGCCCAGGUUGGAUUAAAUCGGCACAUUGUAUUUGUUUUGGGUCUUUCACAUUUUAGAUCCCUGUGCCUAGUGGUUUGAAGAGCCUGUGGGCUUGUCCUAUCUCCUUUAGCCAGCACCUUGCUGAGAUUGCUCCCUCCUAAAUUUGGUGUUUCUCAUUCUCCUGUGUUUUUAAGCUUUUGCUAUUGUAUAUAUUAUUUUCACAAAACAUGGUUGGACUUUGCUUGUCUUCAGAAGUUACACAGACGCUGCACCAUUAAAAAAAAAAUUCCAGCAAA